AAUACAAGAUGAUAACAUUUUUAAAUAUUUCGAUAAAUCAUUUUAUAUUUCUUAUUUUUUUACAGUAAAAAUACAAAACAAACACUUUUUUAUACUUUUAAUUGAAAUAGACAAUAAAUCUUUUAUUUAAAUAAAGCGGAAAAAUUACAUUAACCAAUGGGAGAAAAGCAAAUUGUAUGUAACCUAACCUCAACCUGAAAUCAUCGCGCACGUGUUUAGUGAAUUAGUGACAGGUUUUAGUUUUUUAAUAAACUAUUUAUAAAAGAAUUACUUUCUAACAAGGAAUAUUAUUUUGAAUUAAAAUGCAGCACGACGAUGUUGUUUGGAGUAUUAUCAACAAAUCAUUUUGUUCAUUUAAAGUAAAUACAAAAUCACAGAGAUUUUGCCGCAAUGAAUAUAACCUCACAGGUUUGUGUAGUCGUUCCUCUUGUCCUUUGGCUAAUAGUCAAUAUGCCACAGUAAGAGAAGAAAAUGGAAUUAUUUUUCUAUAUAUGAGAACUGCCGAAAGAGUUCAUUUUCCAAAAGAAAUGUGGGAAAAAGUGAAACUUUCACGAAAUUUCGAAAAAGCAAUUCAUCAAAUAAAUGAAAAUCUCCUCUAUUGGCCUGGAUUUAUUAAAUCAAAAUGUAAACAAAGAUUUGUGAAAAUAACACAAUAUUUGAUACGAAUGAGAAAAUUACGAUUAAGACGUCAAAAGAAAAUAGUGCCACUUCAAAGGAAAAUUGAAAGACGCGAAACAAGACGAGAAGAAAAAGCACUUGUUGCCGCUAAAUUAGACACUGCAAUUGAGAAAGAAUUGAUGGAAAGACUCAAGAAGGGAGUGUACAAGGAUAUUUACAAUUUCUCUCAAAAAGCUUUUGAAAAAGCAGUCGAAGCCGUGGAAGUUGAAGGUGAAAGCGAAGCCGAAAGUGAAGAAGAGGAAGAGAAGGAAAUCGAAAGAGAAGUGGAAAUGGAAUUGGAAGCUGAUGAACGUGAAACUGAACUUUAUGUUGAGGAUGAAAGUGAUGAUAAUGAUGACGAUGACGAGUAUCAAUAUGAAUCUGAUGAUGAUCAAGAAAGUGAUUCUGGAUUAAAAGAAGAUGUCGAAGUGUCCAGUGACUUUGAAUCCGAAACGAGCGAUAUCGAGGAUAUAGCGCCGUCGACUAGUAGAAAAGUCAGGAACCCUAGAUUCAUAAGGAAAAAUAAAUUAGACAAAAAAUCACGUCCAAAAGUCGAAAUUGAAUAUGAAAUUGAAAAUGAAGGAAGAGAAAGAGUGCGAUCCUAAAUUAUUAAUUUGUUAUAUGUCUUGUCUUUGUAUAAAGAAAAUAAAUUUCGUAUUAUUAAGAAACA